AGCGUGCACUUGCCGGCCUGCACGCACUCGACGCAGUGCGUGCUGCUCGCGUGGUUGAUGUUGCUGCUGCUGCUGCUGUGCCCGCCCUGCGCCGUCUUCCACAGCUCCCGCGUGUCGUGCUGCCACCGCUGUGGGGUGUUACACCCCGGCACCCGGCAGCGUUGGAGGUAAAGGUUUGCGUAGCAGUUGCAGUCCAUGAAGGCUAGCACGGCCUGUUCGCACAUCGUGGAGAUGGGGUGUUUUUGUUGUUGUUGCUGUUCGGUAGGUGAUACUUUUUAUUAUUGUCUUGGAGUGUUUCGGCUGGUGUUGGGAUCUUCGGUAGGUGGUUUAGAUAGCCGUGCGUGUAUGGGCGUGUUCUUAUUCGGUGUGUUUCAGGAGAGAAACUGGAGACAGUGUCGUGGAUGGAAGGAGAAAAACAAAUAAUCCCAUGAAAGAAAAAAAAAGAAACCGUUUUAUGCACGAAGAAGAGUUGCCACCGAUCUAGCAGCAACAAAUGACUCCAGAGAGAAAGAAGGUAGUGACUUGUCUACCGUCCCCCCUUCUUCUUCUUCUUGUCAGAGUUCUGUGGCGUCUGCUGCUGGGCGGCGAGCUGCCUCGGGUCGACGGGCCAGGGAACCCCGUUGGCGUCGACCACGCGCAGCCCGUCCGGGGUCUGCACAUACUGCGACUGCACCACCGGGUGGGAGCCCAGCGCUGUCUGCCGAUUGGGGUAUCUGGGCUGCGGUACCACUACCGGUCGCGGCACGUAGGCGCUGGGCGGCCCCGGCACCACGUCGCCAUAUCCAAGCCCUUGGAACGGCGUCCAGGGCAUGGACAUGAUGACGGUAGGCGUCUCGGGGCGUAGUGGAUCGUGCGGCGUAUAUGCUGGCGGGGGAUAUCCGGGAUAUGAUGGCGCCGGAGACGGGGAGCGUGCCGAGGGUGUUGCACUGGCCGAUGAUGACGUGGCCGGCGGCGGCGGCGGCGUGCUGGGGACAGGGUUGGGGCUCGGGGGC